AUGUCCAACGUUCCCCAGGACCUGCUGGAUGGGAUAUCAGGUGCCCUCGCAAAAGAGGGUAAUACGCUACAGAUGAUACUUAUCGCUUUCAUCGGAUUAUCGUGUUACAACGUUGCUGAGCUAGUUGUACUCGUCCCUGCCACCUUCCGCCGGUGGCGCGGACUCUAUUUCUGGUCCCUGCUUAUCUCAGGAGUGGUCGGUGUCGUACCAUACUCAAUAGGCUUCCUGAUGAAGUUCUUUACUCAAACUGACUCCGUGCUGUCGGUCACUGUCCUGACUAUCGGCUGGUGGACCAUGGUCACUGGCCAAUCCGUGGUGUUGUAUUCACGACUCCACCUUGUGCUACGAGAUGAGCGCAUGCUACGCCGUGUGCUGAAGCUCAUCAUCGCAAAUGUCUUCCUCCUGCAUGUGCCCACGACGAUCCUCACUUACGGCGCGAACAUAGUCCACAGCGGCGAGGUCGCCUGGGUGAAUGGGUACAAUAUCAUGGAGAAGAUCCAGCUGACCGGGUUCACGUUUCAAGAGUCUCUGCUGUCAACGUUAUAUGUGAUUGAGACGGUCAAGCUACUGCGUCUUGGGGCGGAUGUCUCUUCGCGCCCGGAUGCACAGAGCAUCAUGUACCAGCUGAUCGGGAUCAACUGCGCCAUCAUAGCGAUGGAUCUGCUGCUUUUGGGUCUCGAAUAUGCCGACUUUUACGCCGUGCAAAUCACUCUGAAGGGAUUUGUUUACUCGCUCAAACUCAAGCUUGAGUUUGCUGUGCUUGGUCGUCUGGGGUCCAGACAUCCUGUUUCCCUCGCUAUUGCCGAUACGUUGCCUCUUUGCUCGAUGCAGAGGCCGCCUGAGACGCCGGAUCGCAGUGAGGAUGCGCCUUAUGAGCAGGCUGAGCCGAAGGACUUUUUGGUUCCGCCGGGCGGAGGCCGAAUUGUUCAGAGGAGGAUGUUCGUGGAGUCUGGGAGGGCGGCUUAA